UACCACCAAGUUGCAUGAGCAUUUGUUCACGCCUUUAAUUGUUCUAUAUAAUACCACACCUACUGAUCUUAGCCGUCACAAAUCAAAUCUACUUGCCUCUAUAAGCUUCUGAUAGAUAUAUGGCAGAAGGGGGCAAAGGAACAUUGCAGGUUUCAGCUGUUUCCAUGAAUCUCAACGGAGAUCGUGAAAAUAGUGCGAUACCGAUCACAACUUCGUUGCCUAUGAACGCUGGAAAAGGCACUUACAGCUACUUCAACAACUCCUGCAGCCAGAGACUGUGCACUGAGGAUGAGAAGAGAAAAUUCAUUGAGGAAAUUGAGCAGAAGCUUGAUAUGAAAAAACUCUUCUCUCUUUCAAACACCAUUCGUCUUGCGGACUUGGGAUGUGCCACUGGACCAAACACUUUCAUGAUAAUUCAAGACAUACUAGAAGCCAUGCAAUGCAAACACCAAUCCCAAUUAUCCCAAUCAUGUCUCAACGAUGAUCAACAUUCUGAUGAUCAUCAAAUGCCUGAAUUUCAAGUCUUCUUUAACGACCAAGAGUCGAAUGACUUCAACACCCUCUUCACCUCUCUCCCACAAGACAGGCAAUACUUUGCAGCCGGCGUGCCCGGUUCUUUCCAUCACCGUUUGUUUCCUGAGUCAUCUAUCCACUUUGUGCAUACCUCAUUAUGUCUCCACUGGAUCUCCAAGUCGCCGGAAGUAUUACAAAACAAGGCCUCUCCGACAUGGAACAAGGGCAGGAUUCACUACACAAGUGCACCGGAUGAAGUAGUUGAGGCUUAUGCGUCCCAGUUUGCGGAGGACAUGGAGAAUUUUUUGAAAGCUAGGGCCAAAGAGCUUGUGCCUGAAGGAAUGAUGGUAAUGAUCUUGGUUGGAAUUCCCAAAGGGAUUCCUUAUUCAGAAAUUCCAAUGGGUAUGAUGUGCAAUUGUUUAUCGUCUAGCCUCAUGGAUAUGGCAAAAGAGGGAAUAAUUGAAGAAAGUGAUGUGGAUUCCUUCAACUUGCCAUUUUAUGCAGCCUCUCUAGAGGAGAUGGAGGAGAUAGUAGAGAAAAACGGGUGUUUUAGGAUAGAGAGAAUGGAGUUGACAAACCCAGCAGCAUAUCUGAAAGGUGGUCCGGUGGACAUACCAGUUUGGGUCACGAAUGUGAGGGCUGCAACGGAGGGAAUGUUUGCCAAACACUUUGGAAGUGAGGUUAUGGAAGAAAUGUUUGGAAGAUUGACCAAUAAACUUGUAGACAUUGCCGAACUCAUAAACUCACGAUGCGAAGUCAAAAGUCAGUUGCUUACUGUUCUCAAGCGCAAAUGACUGACUGAAACUGAAAAUUAAUGUUAUUAGCUUCAUCUUAUUUAAGAAAAUAAAUAUAAGCAAAAGGAGAGAUGAAAUUGGAAUUCAUCAUCAACUGGGAGUCUGGGACUCAUGCUUUUGUGUACAUGUGUAUCAAUUGACGUUAAUAUUCAGAAGCGUAAAAUCCACUUUUGAGUGCCACAAACAAGAA